AUGGAUUCCCAUUCCCAUAUCAUUGCAUGGGGCUCUGGUGAAGAUGGUCAACUAGGAAUUGGCAGCAACGAAGAGAAAGAAUGGGUUUGUCUCGUCGAAGCUCUUCAACCCUACCGUUUCCGUUCCGUCGUCGCUGGCAGCAGAAACUCCCUCGCCAUCGGUGACGACGGCAAAUUAUUCACUUGGGGUUGGAACCAAAGGGGCACACUUGGGCACCCAGCUGAGAGCAAGUCUGAGAACAAGAUUGAGAACAUUCCCAGCCAGGUUAAGGCUCUUUCCAAUGUUAAGAUUGUCCAGGCGGCUAUUGGAGGGUGGCACUGUUUGGCUGUUGAUGAUCAGGGCAGAGCUUAUGCCUGGGGUGGAAAUGAAUAUGGGCAGUGUGGUGAAGAACCUGAGCGCAAGGAUGAUACUGGUAGACCUUUAAGGAGAGAUAUAGAGAUCCCUCAGCGCUGUGCUGCUAAACUUGUUGUUCGACAGGUUGCUGCAGGAGGAACUCACUCAGUGGUACUUACACGUGAAGGGCAUGUUUGGACAUGGGGUCAGCCAUGGCCGCCUGGUGACAUAAAACAGAUUUCAGUUCCUGUUCGGGUUCAAGGUCUUGAAAAUGUAAGGCUCAUUGCUGUUGGAGCAUUUCAUAAUUUGGCUCUUCAAGAGGAUGGAACUUUAUGGGCAUGGGGAAAUAAUGAAUAUGGACAACUUGGAACUGGAGAUACUCAGCCAAGAUCACAACCCAUUCCUGUCCAAGGACUUUCUGAUCUUACUCUGGUUGAUAUUGCAGCUGGUGGAUGGCAUUCUACGGCAUUGACUGAUGAAGGAGAGGUAUAUGGCUGGGGAAGAGGGGAACAUGGCAGAUUGGGAUUUGGUGAUAGCGACAAGAGCAGUAAAAUGGUACCCCAGAAGGUUCAACUUUUAGCUGGGGAAGACAUUGUUCAGGUAUCCUGUGGAGGUACUCACUCAGUUGCAUUAACCCGGGAUGGACGCAUGUUUUCUUUUGGUAGAGGUGACCAUGGACGUCUUGGAUAUGGUAGGAAAGUGACCACUGGUCAACCAAUGGAGGUCCCUAUAAACCUCCCUCCUCCAAAGAAUCUCAGUGACAGUGAAGCUGAGGGACAUUGGAUAGCUAAACUUGUUGCCUGUGGUGGCAGACAUACCUUGGCAAUAGUAGAAUGGAAAGUAGAUAAUUCUUAA